AUGAAGGAAGAGGAAGUUCAAAGAAUCCUGAAUGUUUCAGGUUUCACUAGGGGGAAAAUGCCUUUUAAGUACCUUGGGGUCCCAAUUAGUCACAAAAGAUUGGGGGUGAAAGAGUGUAUGGUGUUAGUGGAAAAGAUGACAGCAAGGGUGAGGUGCUGGAGUAGUAGAAAUAUUUCUUACCAGGGUAGAUUGGUUUUAGUAAAUGCUGUUUUACUAAGUAUCCAAGUGUACUGGGCUCAAAUGUUUGUUUUGCCAAAGAAGGUUAUUCAUGAAAUUCAGAUGGUUUGUAGAGCAUAUCUUUGGACUGGAAAUUAUUUCAGUAGCAGGGGUGGCUAUGUAGCUUGGGAGAAGGUUUGCAGACCUAAAAAUGCUGGAGGCUUAGGGGUGAGGAAUUUAGAGUGUUGGAAAAGGCUACUAUGGGGAGAUUUGCUUGGGCUUGGAAACCAAAAAAGAUACCUCUGGAUCAAGUGGGUGAAUGAGCUUUAUGUGAAGAAUGAAAAUUGGUGGGAUUAUAAACCUAAUCAAGGUUGCAGCUGGUAUUGGAAGAAAAUUUGUGAAGUAAAAGAUGAACUUAAAGGAAAACUCAGUGAAGCUGUGCUACAGAAUAUGAAUGAAUAUUCUGUUAAGUCAAUAUAUACUAUAUUGACAGGUGAAUUUACCAAGAUUCAUUGGGAUAAGUAUGUAUGGGAGAGAAUGAUUAUCCCAAAACACAGAUUCUUCCUAUGGCUGAUACAAUUAGACAGGUUACAGACUACAAAGAGAUUACAUGACAUGGGUGUUGCAACAAAUGACCAAUGCCUAAUCUGUGGCAUGCAUGUGAAGACUCAAAAGCAUUUGUUCUUUGAGUGUAAUUAUAGCAAGACUAUAUUCAGAAGGAUUGCUAUAUGGAUGGGGAUACAGCUGAGCAACAUGACUAUGCACUCAAUAAUACAGUGGAUCAGCAGAUGCAGUGAACCAAAAUUUAAGAAACAAGUCUAUGCAAUGGUUCUGGGUGCUGUGGUUUAUCACAUAUGGCGCAGUAGGAAUGAUGUGUAUUGGUCCCAGUAUGUGUCUACUGUAAACAACAUUGUUCAUAGAGUACAGAAAGAUGUGAUUGAUAGAUGCUAUAGUGUUCUCCCAAAAAAAGUGUCUAGAGUUAAUAGAGAUUGGCUCAGAGAGCUUGCUGUUAAUGUUUGUAGGUAA